CAGUUCUUAGCUCGCCUGCCGCUAACUGCAGGCUAAAGUUUCACUUUCUGUAGCUGAUGAGUAUCCUCUAGCUUGAAGAAUUGGCACUUCGGGGGAAACGAAACAAGAACUAGAUCCAGAUUUUUCGGAGCGACGCAAGGUCACCGAUGUACCUCCGCGGUCACUUUCAAGGCUGAUAUUAACAGUUAGUGUUAAAGUUUCCCCCCCUCCCCUCCGCUGACCGCCUCCUAAAACCGUCGCUUUUCUCAGCUAGCUUUAGCGGCUAGCCACCGCUAGCAUGGACAGCGGCGGAAACAUGCAGAGUAAUGAGGAAAGAAACGCGGAGAAACUGAUGGACAACUAUUUGAAAUCUCAGGGGUUCCAUCGGAAGAAGAUCGCCAAAGAUGGUUCCUGUUUGUUCCGAGCCGUAGCCGAGCAGGUGCUGCACUGCCAGAGCCUGCAUACUGAAGUAAGAGCCAAAUGUGUGGAGUUUCUGAAGAAGAACCGGGACAGCUAUGAAGCAUUUAUCGAAGGGGACUUUGAGGAGUAUCUCUGCAAGCUUCGGGACCCUCAGCAAUGGGUGGGAGAGGUGGAGAUCAACGCGCUGGCCGUCAUGUACAAGAGAGACUUCCUCAUCUACCAGGAGCCUGGAAAGCCGGCUGUGAACAUCACAGACAACAACUUUAAGGACAAAGUCCGGUUGUGUUUCCUGAAUGGAAAUCACUACGACAGUGUUUAUCCCUUGGAGAGCAUUAAGAGCGCUGCGAUCUGUCAGUCCAUCCUCUACGAGCUCCUGUACGAAGGCGUCUUCAAGGUGGACCGCAACUCUUUGGGUUCCUGUCAGAGAACCAGCCGGGCGUCAGACUUACUGAGUGACGACUGCAUGAACGUCUGCAUGAGCAGUGACGAGUCCGACCUGGAAACCGAGGAGGCGCUUUGGGUGGAAAAUGGAACCGCCUCAUCUUCCUCACGGACCAGCAACCAUAGCUACAGGGGCCGAGGCCGUGGCCGGAUGCUGCCUGAGAGGGUGAGGCGAUCGCUGAACCCGACUCUGCUCCGAAAUGUGGACUACGACAUUUGGCACAAGACCAAAAGAGCCCAACAGAAGAUAGAUUACUCCAUCGCUGCAGGGAUGCAGUUCUCUGCAGGGGAUCGCUGUCAGGUUCGCCAAGAGAAGGGACGCAGCUACAAGGCCACCAUCAAAGACGUGCCCGCCGAUAACGGCCUGGUGACUGUUUACAUCGAAGAGCUCGGGGAGAAGAAGGUCCCUCUGUGGUACCUCCGACCGAUUAACGAAGAAAACAGCUGGACCACCGUCACCAACCGCGACAAGAGGCUGAGCAACGGGCACGGAGAAUGGGAGAGCAGGGGAAGAGGGAGAGGACGAGGGAAGACCAUUGGAGCAUCCUCCUCCUCCGUUUCCCCAGCAACGGGUGUCGGCUCCACUGGGCGCAUGCAGAAGCAACACUCAUGGCCCCCUCAGGCCACCGCAGAGGAGCAGGGAGGGGGGAAGUCAAACAGGAAGUCGCUGAGUUCUACAGAGCCGUGUUUCGGUUUAACUGAGGAGGAACGUUUGGCUAAAAAGAAGGAAGAGGAGAAAAACGCUGCGCUGGUGGAGAUCCAGCUCAAAGAUGAAGAGAGCUUCCCUGCUCUUGGGAGUCAGUCUGAAUUUGGGAGGAAGAAGUUGGGAGACAAGAGGCGGAGCCAGAGAAACAAGAUGAGGAGUCCAGUUGAUGAGGUCAGAGCGCCGUCGCCCACUGCAGGCGACAGACCUAAAUCCUCCACUCCGCCUCCAGCUGCACCUCCGGUCAAUGUGACCUCGCACACCAACAGCGCUCUUCCUGCUGCAAAACCCGCUGCUAACUCCGACCCCACUGGGCCGAGCUCUCUAAACGUAAACACGGCCGCCGCUACAGUUUCAGCUCCCGCCUCCGUCUUGCCGCCCAGCAGUGUUACUGCAGAGUCCAAACCAAGCACCCAGUCCUACGCCUCCGCCGCUGCUGUCCCCGUUUCCCCUCCACCGGGCAUCAAGCCCCCUGCCCCGUCCUCCGCCAGCCUCUUCUCCUUCAUCACCCCCGUCCUCCCUGCCGCUUCGGCCCCAGCUCCGCCUUCGUCUUCCUCUUCGGCUGCAUCUCCUCCACCUCAGGCCUUAGCUGCAGCUCCAACUUUCAUCGCCCCCAUCGCUCCGAGUCCGACGGGUGCUCAGGGCUUCAAACGCCCCUUCUCCCCGCUGACCUCUCUGCCUCGGUCCCCCAGUCCUCCAUCUUCCUCCUCCACCAUCAUCCCUCCUCCUGUUCAGGUCAAAGAAGCUCUACCGGCCCCGACUAAUGCUUUGCCAAAGAUUGAAGGAAGCCUGUCAGCAUAUCAGACCUCACAAAGUGAGACAUCUGCCUCCCAGAAUCUUCCCCAAGUUGUUCCAAACCAGGUUAAGGCUUCAGUGUCCCCUCCAGAAAUAACAGCCCAACGCUCUUUACAAGAAAUCCAGACCGACUCUUUUCCACCAAACCAGAUCCAGGCCCCUCAGCACCAGCUACAGGCCCACGCUGAGGAGGCCCCAGAGCCUCAAACACUCCUCCCACCUCAGUCUGAGAGCACUCCAGUUCAGCCCCCAGAGCUUCCUCAGGUCCUACAGUCUCCCAGCAUUCAGAGUUCAGAAGAGCCUCUGCCUCCGAAGUCCGAUUCUCCUCCCUCAGAUCCCCAGCAGUCCCACCCGCCUCCUCCUGUCAGCGCUCCACAGAUACACCCUCACCUUCCUCACCCUCAGGCCAUCCCUGGGACCGUCCCCCUGCAGCAGCUGACCCAGCUCUACCAGGACCCCCUGUACCCCGGCUUCCCUCAGGGGGAGAAAGGAGAGGCCGUCCAGGGCGUUUCCUUCUCCACUAGCAAGUCUGGAGACGACCUGCCCAAAGAUAUUAACGUCCUGAGGUUUUUCUUCAACUUGGGCGUGAAGCUGGCUGUGGUUUCAGACCCCGACAUGAGCGACGCCUCCCUGAGGUCCAGCAGUAACCCCGGCUCUCCAUCAGGCUACAGAGGCCCCCGCAAACACUUCCCCAGCACCAAACCCUACGCCGCUCCAAGCGCCCCAGAUCACAGCCAUAUGGUUUACACAGCAGCGGGCCUGGGCAUGGCGGAGCCGCUGUCGGUGGCGUGCAGCACCGAAGACGACUUUGAUGUGGACCCGUUUGGCUACCAGGGGCAAAGGAGGGUCUACAGGGGGCGGGGAGGAAGAGGACGGAGCAGCUAUGAUCCUGGGAGAGGGAUGCAGAGGCGGCGGCAUGGCGACCAGGGGGCGGUGACUCAAUAUUAUAGCUCCAGCUUCAGGGGAAGGGGGCGGGGAUACUAG